CUCCUCGCAAAACCCAACCUAACUAUCUUCUUCCCACCUUCGAAUCUUCGCCACCAAAAAUCAGCAAUUCAUUAUAGGGCUCGAAGGAAGCUCUGUUUCACUAUGUCGUCAUGGAGGACCAAAAGCAGAGUACCCAUCUUGAGAAUUGCACAGAAAGAGCCCAAGAGGCUGCUGAUUCUCAGAACCCAAUUGUAAUACCGUCCGUACGUGUGGCUGAGAAGUUGUCCAGGAAGAAAUCGGAGAGGUUCACUUAUCUUGUUGCUGCGGUGAUGUCCAGUUUUGGUAUUACUUCCAUGGCUGUCAUGGCUGUUUAUUACAGAUUUUACUGGCAAAUGGAGGGUGGGAAUGUGCCUUUGUCUGAAAUGUUGGGUACAUUUGCUCUAUCUGUUGGUGCUGCUGUGGGAAUGGAGUUUUGGGCAAGAUGGGCUCAUAAAGCUCUCUGGCACGCUUAUGGCAUAUGCACGAGUCUCACCACACAGACCCAGAGAAGGUCCAUUCGAGCUUAACGAUGGACUGAAA